GGAACGUUACAAGCUCGUGCUCGGGUGCAACCGCGUCAUCCGGCCUGGCCCGGAUGCCCAGCAUCGCUUUGUCAAGAGACUGGUGAAGCACAGACACAUCCACAAUACGCUGAAGACCAGGGGAACGAUCCUCAAUGACAUUGCCUUGGUGGAGCUGUCCGAGCCCGUCGCCUGCACCGACUACGUCCAGCCAGCCUGUUUGCCCGACAGCCGCGUGGCCCUUUCCGCCCUCACCGAUUGCUACAUCAGCGGCUGGGGGAACACCAACCCCCAAAAUGAUCAUUACCCGGACAUCCUGCAGGAAGGGAAAGUGGACUUCUUCCCCCGACAGAACUGUUCAAAACUGUGGAACAGGCCCCUUCCUGCCAUGAACCUGUGCGCCGGGCUGGAGCGAGGAGGCACAGGGACCUGCCAGGGAGACAGUGGUGGCCCCAUCCAGUGUCGAGAAGAAAGGUCAGAGCGCUACUGGGUCCUCGGGGUCCUCAGCUGGGGUCCCCUGGCUUGUGGUGCGACCCGGCAGCCGAGCGUCUUCAUCUCCCUCCAGUACUUCCGUGACUGGAUCCAACAGCAGACCAAGGAGGAGGACCUCUCCACGCCGGUUCGCCUGCCUGUUUUUGCACGGGUUUCAACACCAGCACGCCGGACUCCGCCGCCCACCACGAAGCCCUCCAGUCCUGCUUCCUGGCUGAGCCCCCCAAUGUGGGCCAGGCCAACGGCCCUCUACUCCUGGAUCUCCCCCGGGAGUUUCCCUCCUCUGCAGUGGCGCUCUUGGAGCCCUCCUCGGCCAAAGACCACCCGAUGGUAUCCCAGGACAAGACCCCAUGGAUGGAGCAGACACACUCACAGGCCAAUGCCCUGCUAG